CACACGGCGAGCAGCAGUUUUGGGCCGCGGCCCUCCGGCCGCUCAGCCGAAGUAAUGAGCCCCGCGCGUUCUACUGUGUAAAUUGUCUUCAUCCUCAAGCAUCAAUAUGGUUGGAGCACCAAAAGCGUGGGAGCGCCAUUGGGAGAUUAUCGACCGCGUGGGACUUCCGGAAUUCACGCCGGACCCAAAGCUACUAACUGAUGUCAUGUUCCGCGCGGGUGUGGCGCCGCCGCCGUCCCCCAGCCAGCUGCGCCAGAGCGCCAAAGCUCCGUCCUCGGGUGCGGGCGCGUCUCUGUCCGGGGCCGCCACGACUGGCGGCAUGGGCCAGCCGGCCUCUGCAGGCGCGGGCGUCCUGGCCGGCAGCGGCGGCGACCCCGGCCGGCAGCGGCGGCAGGUGCCUGGCGGGCCCACGCAGCAGCCAGGCAUCCAAAACCGGAAGCUGCGCUCGGGCUUGGUGAAGCAGCCGCUCAACCGCUCAGCGCACCCGCACCCGCACCCGCAGCAGCACCACCACCAUCAGGCCGCGGCUGAGGAGACAGCAGCAGCGGCGGCGGCAGCGGCGAACCUGCAGUACCGGCUGUACCUGCAGCAGCACGCCUGGAUGGGCGGCGUGGAGGGCGCGGAGGAGGGCGCAGAGGCGGAGGCAGUGGCGGCAGUAGCAGUGGCUGCUGCCGGCGGCCUGCAGGGUGCGGGCGGUCGCCCGCACACGGCGCCGUCCGUGCCUCGGCUGCAGCUGGGCGCGUUGCAUCAGCCUGCGGGGCUGGAGGGGUCUGUGGGGGCGGGCUCGCUGACGACGGGCUGGGAGAGCGCUGCUGCGGCGGCGCUGGCGGACGGGUCUGUGGCGUCCUCGCAAGCGCAGAUGGGUAACGGCCUAGUGGGGCCGUCGGCCGCGGCCUGGGCGGCGGCGGAGCAGUCGGCUGCCAGGGCUGCAGCUGCGGCGGGUACCAGGAGUGCCGCCAAAGCGCCCCAGGAUGAGGAUUCGGAGGCGGCGGACUCUGGAGUGGCUGACGGCGUGAUCCGCGGGCUGAGCUUGGUGCCCCAGCCGGCUGUGUCGCCGCGCAAGGACCCGCACGAGGCGCAGCAGGUGGCGGGCGGCAGGCCCGGCGAGGCGGCGGGAGGCGGCAGCACGGCGCAGGUGGCGUAUCCUCUGUCGGCACGGGGGCCCGGGGCUCGGCAGGUCGGCAGCGGCACAAGCAGGGCGUCAGCCCCGUCGGUGAGCGCCAACACCAACGUAAAUGCUGCUGCGGCCGGUGGCGCCCUGUCGCUGCGGCUGUCGUCCGCACGGCCGACGGCACCCGGCCGCGGCGGCUCGGCGCUGCAGGCGCAGCCGAGCAGUGGCGCCGCGCUGUCGACUGCGUUCUCCGUCGCGGCGCCCGGCUUCGCAGCCGGCGCCAUAAUGACGCCAACAGCGGUGGCGGCGGCGGCGGUGCCGCUGCCGGCGAUGCCGUCGGUGUACAUGCCGUCGCCCAGCGCCAUCCCUCCGCGUGAGCGCUACCGCGGCAUUCUGGAGCGCGUGGGCCGCAUGGCGGAGCACAGCCGCCAGGAGCGCCGCCGCCGCCGCACCGGCGCCCGCGCGGCGGCGGCCGGCUCGGGCGGCAUCCGCCGCCGCCCCAACACCGCCACCGCCUCAUCCGCCGCCGGCGGAACCGGCGAUGCGGAUGGGGCUGAGGACUCCUCGCCGGACAGCUCCCCGCGCGGGCUGGGCGGGUGGGCGGGUCGCUGGAAGGCGCCGCUCGCGCAGUACACCGACUCCGCGGUGGUGCAGGCGGGUGGCCUUGCGGCCGCGGCCGUGUCGGCGCCCGGCAGCGCCAGUGCGCGGCGGCGGGCGGCGGACGAGGAGGCGGCGGCGGAGGCGGCGCGGGCGUUGGGGCCGGAGGAGCACGCGGUGUGGCAGCUGACACGGGCGUUGGACGAGCUGGGCCGCUUCAGCUGCUUGGAUGCGGUGGCGGGGCACACGAGCGGCAUGACGGACGGCUCGGUGCUUGCGGAGGUGGAUGCGCGCAUUGCGGCCAUGCAGCGGCAGAACCAGCUGGCGCAGGCGGCCUGGGGCCCGGGCGGCACACGGCGCCGCGGGCUGCUGCCGCCGCCGCCGCCCGCCUUCCCGGUGGCGGCGGCGCGGGCGUACCUGUCCGCGGCGAGUGGCGGCGUGGUGGGCCUGGAGGCGCUGGAGGAGGUGGUCCGGACCAUGCGCGGGAAGCUACAGGUUCUGGUGGGGCGCGAGGGCGGCGACCUGCGCCAGGCGGCGGCGGACGUGCUUGCAUCCAUGGGGGCUGCGUCACCGCCGCCGCCGCCGCCACAGCACCCACAGUCGCAGCCUCAGUCGCGGUACCCCUCACCCGGUACCUCCUUCAAGCUCGCCUCAGGCGCGGUGGCGGCCGCGUUCGGAGGGUCGCCGGCCGGCGGCAGUCCGCCCUCCGCGCCCUCCCGCUCCGCAAGCACCUCGGGGGCACGACACGCCUCCGGCGGCGGCGCUCCGCCUUCCCGCAUGAGCAGCAACGGGGCCGGAGGGGCCUGGAGCGGUGCGCCGCCGGGAACGGCUGCGGCACGGAUACGUGCCGGAUCCAGCAUGCGCUCGCUCAAAGUCAGCUUCUCCAAGCUCUCACCCGAACUGGUCGCUACCGCGCUUGCCGAGGACGACGAGGAGGAUGGCAAGUCGGCGCCAGCCGUUGCCGCUGGCGGCAGCGGCGCUGCUGGCAGCGACGGCGUCAGGCCGUCUGCUGCGGCUGCCCUGGACCCUUCGGCGAACCCCUACCCCUCGCUCACAAGCCCCGGGAACUCCGACACAGCCGCUUACGUGGAUUCGUUGCUGUCGCUUCCCGGCCUGCCCCGCGGCCAGGCCGGGUUGCCGCUGCAGGGCCGGACAAGCCUGGGAGGCAACACCGCCUUUGGCCUUGUGGGGCAUGGGGGCCCGAUGCCGGGCAGCGGCGAGGGCUCUGCCUCGGUCCUGCACCCCAUGCAGUCGGCGUUCUUCGGCCGAAUGAGUGUCAGUGGGGUCGGCGGCGGCUCCGGAGCCGCCGCCUUCAUUAGCCCUGCCGCCACCAGCCGCGGCGGCGGCGCCACCACCAGUGGCGCUGGCGGCGGCGGCGGCGGCGGCGGCGGUGGCGGCCUGCUGACGUCGUCCAGUGGUCUGGACCAGGCCUGGGCUCUGUUGGAGUCGCUCAUGAUCCAGCUGCAUGACUCACACGCGGCACGUGCCGACCUGGUGGCUGGCGUCGAGGCAGAUCAGCAGCAGCAGCAGCAGCAGCUGGGCAGCGGCGGAGUCGCAGGCGGCGGGCCUGGCAAGGGCGGCUCUGUCGUUGCUGGCGGCGCCAAGACGCCGCGGAUAGGUGGCACGCCGGCGGGUGGCGGCCUGUCCGCUGCCGCCGCCAUGGCUGCUGCGUCUGCCUCGGGCGUGGGCGGCGGUGGCGGCUCCGGCGGUGGGGCGCAGUUCCGGGGCAGGAGUGCUGUGGACCGACUGGUGAGCCUGAUGGACACAACACUGCAGCUGGGCGGCGGCGGAGGCGGUGGGGUGGAGGGGGCGGGCGCGGCGGCCGGAGGCGCUGGGCAGGGCAGGGCGGGGAACGGCAGUGGGGCUGGCGGCAGGCUGGAGACGGCGGAGGAGGUGGCGGCGGCGGCGGCGGCUCCGCAGCUGGCUCGCAACGCGCUGCGUGCUGCAGUGGCGGCGGCGCUGCAGCCGGGGCACACGGAGCAGGUGCUGUACUUCAUCACCCGACUGGCGCUCAUGCUGCAGCAGGACCCGCGCCUCCCCCCCGACGCCGGCUUCCUGGUGGCCGCCGGCACCGACCUGCUGCUGGGCGAGCUGGCGUGGCUGCUGGCGCUGCUGCGAGCCAGCGGCGGCGCCGGCAGCCCACAUCUGGCGGCGCUGGCGGCGGCGCUGCGCGGGUACGAGGGGCAGCGCGCGCACGCGGCCACACUGGCGGCGGCGGCGGAGCGGCUGGAGCUGGCGCUGGAGGAUGCGGCGGACCGGGCCGCGCACGCCGAGCACCAGCUGUCCUCGCUGCAGUCGCUGCUGCAGCACGCCGGCAGCGACGUGGCCGACCUCACCCUGCACACCCGGGAGCUGGAGGCGGAGCUGGAGGCAGCCAGGGCCAGGAUCUCGCUCCUGGAGGAGUCUCUGGCGGAGGCCGAGGGCGACUUUGACCGGGUUGAGGCGGUGGCGGAGCGGCGGGCGGGGGCGGCGCUGGGCGCGGCGCGGGCCCUGGGCGGCGAGCUGCUGGCGGCCAGCCUGGCGCGGGUGGAGGCACGCAGCGUGGAGGUGCAGGUGGCGAGCGAGGGCGACGCAAGCGACCCACGCGCCCUCCCGCCCGCCCUAGCUGCCGGCCGCGACCAGUACUACCCCCUCACGCCCACUGGCUCCAUGCGGGGACACGGCACAGGCGCAGGCGCUGGCGCAGGCGCAGGCGGCGGCUCCGUGCGUCGCUCCGGAUCCUCCCGACCGGGCGCCGCCGCCGGCGCCGAUGGCGGCGGCGGCCGCGGCGGCCUGCCCAGCAAGCGCGGUGGCAAGCCGGGCAGCCCCAAGCGGCAACGAGGCUCGGGCGCGGCGGCGGCCGCAGCAGGCGCGACGUCGCGUUUGGCGGUGGUUACGUCGAUGCCGAUGUCGGCGGCGGCGGCGGCGGCGGCGGCGGGGCCAGCAGGUGGUGGGUUGCAUGGGUUGGAGUUGCUGGACGAGGCGGGGUCGGAGCCGGAUGCAUGCAGCACGCCUGGGGCCAGCAUUGCGGGCGAGAGUGAGCCUGGCGGCGAGGAGCUCAUCUACACACACGCGCCGGGCCACACGAGCGGCGACGGCGGCCAGCAGCAGCAGCAGCAGCAGCAGCAGUACCAGCCGUACCAGCCGUACCAGCCACAGCCGGGUCUACGCAGCCCGCUCGGCGGCGGAAGCGGUGGCGGCGGCCUGCGGCCGCAGAGCGCGGCGCACCAUUUGGCUCGUCAGGGGGCGGGCAGUGGCGGUAGUGGUGGUGGCGGUGGUGGUGGCAGUGGUGGCAGCAGCCCCCCGCGCCGCAGCCGCCUGGGGCCGCGUCGCAGCAGCGGCACAGGCGACGAGGGGCCGGGGCCAGGGCUGUCAUCGCCGCCCCACAACAGGACAGCAGCAGGAGCAGGGGGUCCCCGUGCGCGCCGCUCCAGCGAAGGGGAGCAGCGUGGCGGCGUGACGCUGCAGCCCCACUCGCCGCCGCAGGCGGGGCGGGGCCGGCAUGCAACCCCGGCUGCAUCCGCGGUGGGCGGGCAUGCUGCAGGCAGCAAGCCGGACUCCAGCAGCGGGGAGACGGGGCCUGGCGGGGGAGGGGCGGGGAGGGGUGAUUGCGCGGCGCCCCCCGUGAGUGCAUUCCAGAAGGCGGGCCGGGUCGUGUUUGCGGACAUUCUCGAGCGGUAGCUGGGUUGCGGCUUGCGGCUUACGUGCUGAUUGGAUUGACAGACUGUUCAACUUGAUGGCGCAGAAGUUAUUGAGUGGCUGCAUCACUGGGAGCAUUCAUCCGAUGUGCGCUUGAGGCAGGAGAGUAUGUCAAACCUGUACGGAGCGGUCCACGAGGUGCCUGGCGCGAUUUUAGUGUGUGGCUGUGUGACCGGUAUCUAUCACUCAUCGCACACGGCGGUGCGGCUGCAGGACCUUGUGCGUUUCCUGUCGCUGCUGAUUGACAGUUAACGCUGAAGUUGAGCGUGAGCAGGUGAGCCAACCAAAGUGAUGGAUUGCGUGGAUGGUGAAGUGCACGGCGUGCGCAAUGUAACUGUGUAGGGACUGCAGUGCCUAGGUGAGGGUAUGGCUGCACGGGCCGUAAGCCAGCCUCGGAAGGUAGCAGUAAUCGCAUGGGGGCAGGCGGCAGUACCUUCCCUUCAGUCUGCCGGGAUCAGGUCUCAACUCAACGCAUAGUAUUGUAACGCAGGAUUUGGUGCGUUUGCUGUGCUGUGCUGCGCUGCUGAACAGCUAGAGUUGAGCGUUCGUGAUGGAACAUGGCAAGGGGCAGGAAAGCGUAGUCCCGAUGUGUGUGGCUCCCACCCGUGCCCACAUAAAUGCGUAGCAAGAAGGGACAAGGCAUUGGUGCGUCGUUCGCGCGCUGUUACUGUACCGACGGUAGCUGGCAGGUUGUGUCGAUGUUUUGCUGACGCGCAUUCCUCACGCUCCGGGCGCCCGGCCAAGGCGAUAGCACCACACAGACUCAAUGCGACGCCACACCGCGCGGAUAGCAUAGCCGAUGCGCACCUGCAGGCAGUCGACCGGCGUCCACGGAUGAGCUGUGUAGACGAGCACUAGCGUAAUGCAACGGCGUGCAGCAAAACAAUGGCCGGGCGACAGUGUGACAAACAGGGGCAAGAACAAGGCGAAGCAAAGCAGAAGAGGGGCCCGAAUGUGUACGACAAUUGUGGCGGGCAGGCCGAAUGCGGUGCAACACGCCAACAACACAACCGGAGGUGAGGAAGCGUUGCUGAUGGUGAGGAUAGGUGCUGCGACGUUCGGUAGGGGAGCUGUGGCCGCGCACUAGUUGGGAGGAAGUUUCCGAGGCGUUGUUUCCGAGGCAUUGUUUGUGGCUGAUGUUUGUGGCUGAUAAAGAAAGAAGCAGAGUUUCGGCUGUGAGCGGCUGGCGAGGAGAGGCGGGGGCUGUUGCGUUUUGGAAGGCGGGCGGAAGGCCGCACACGCCGGGAGUCGGGCAGGCUGUAGAUUUUGCUGAAGCUGCGUUUGAGAAGGGAGCCGAAGGGACAGCUGGGGUGGGGCAGUUGGUGUGGGACAGCUGGAAGGGACAGCUGGAAGGGACUACUGGAAGGGACAGCUGGGAGGGACAGCUGGGAGGGGACAGCGGAUGUGGGACUGCUGGGGUGGGACAGCUGGGGAGAGGCACGGGACAGCUGGGGAGAGGCACGGGACAGCUGGCAUGGGACGCUGGGUGGCUGCAGAGGCUGGCAGCGCUGGGGCUGGUACGUAGGUGGGUACUUGGGUACGUGGCUGGAUGGGGCCCGGGCUCACGAAGAGCUC